UCUAUACAGUGUAAUAUAUUCAGCCUUAAGAAAGAAUGAAGUUCUGACACAUGCCACAAGGAUGAACCUGGAAAACAUUAUGCUGAGUGAAGGAAGUCAGGCACAAAAGGUCACACGGUGUAUAAUUCCAUUGAUCUGAAACGUCCACAAUAGGCAACUCCACACAGAUUAGUGGUUGCCAGGGGCUGGGGAGGGGAAAUGAGGAGUGACUAAUGGCUUUCCUCUUGGGGUGAUGAAAAUGUUCCAAAAUUAGGCAGUGGUGAUGGUUGCACAACUCUGUGAACGAACUAAAUUCAUGUACUGAAUUGUACACUGUAAAUGUUUUAUGGUAUGUAAAUUAUAUCUCAAAAACGCUGUUAUAACAAAAAAAGAAUGAGAGAUCCGUCUGGUUUUUGAUACUGCAUGAUCUGCAGGAAAAUUGUAAAGAAUUUGUUACCUUUUUGUAGAGUAAAGGGGAGGUGGGUAAGAGUGUGUAUUAGUAUUUGCUUGUGUUGAAUUUAUAUUGUUUCUUCUUACUUCCAGUAGAAAACUAUAAAAUCGGCCACCUGGCGUGAGACCAAGAUUUUUCACUUGAACUUUUUAAUUAAGAUUUGAGUUUUGAGCCAUAUGAAACAACUUUUUCUUGAAGUAGUCAGUUGUGUCAAAUGCAGCAAGGUCUUAAGGCAAGGCUGAGAAUGUUAGAUGAUUGAUGACUAUUCCAGGACGGAGUCAGGGCCUAGUAGGGGCAGGAGUAAAGCAGCUCAUUGUGUAUCAAUCUCAAAAGUCAGUGAGAAUCAGGGAGUUUUUGCCAAGGAAGUUGAAAUGUCUGUAACUUGUAUACCAAUCCUAGCUGGAAUAUUUAUAGAGAAGUAUUUAAAGGAUUCGCAAUUUAUGGGUCUCUUCUGCUACUUUAUGCUUUAUUCCCACAGCAGAUGGGACCAUCACAGAGCUGGCCACCAGGUUCCCUGAGAAGACGCAUUUAUGGGCCCUGCUGCUUUACGCCCUCUCUUUUCACUGACGGGCACCGCAGAACUUAUCCUGCACAUAUUUCAGAGUUAGGGAAGGCUGUCUACCGUCACCUAAGGAAAGGCCAUCAUGGAAAUAUUUUCAGAACUCAGGGCAGAAAAGGUCCACUUCCCAUGAAUGUGGUUUAUUGAUGUUCAAGGCUAAUCACGUAAGAGAGAAUUUGGCUUUUUGCUGUGCUGUCAGGAAAAUCAGAAACAAAUGUAUAGUUCAGCUAACUCAGGAGGCCCAUGUGAUUUUUCCAUGUCGAAAUACGAGGUAUCUAUUUGUUCUGGGGCUGACCUUAUACUCCUAGACGUGUUUCCUUAUGUCGUGUUUUUAAGAACGCAGUCUCUACUUUUCCAUCGUAAUGUAUGGGUCCUAGUGAACCUCUUAAAUUUCAGUGCAAAACCCCCACAAAGUAUGGAAGAGUUAACAGAAAGAAACUGUCACCACAAGAAAAGAGAAGGGGCUUCUGAAGGGCUGGCAACGUUCUGUAUUUUUGGUUUUCUCCAUUUGAAUUCUAUACGCUGAGGUGUUAGGUUUGUGAAAACUGAUUGACACUUAUGUGGAACUUUAUGUAUGUUUUAGUAAAAAAUAAACAACCACAACAGUGGGGAAUGUAAACAAAAUUCCUUUCUGGUCUGGAUCUACUCUUCAGCCACCAGUUGGGACGGAAGGGAUGGACCCUCGCCGAGGCGCUCAGGCCUAACUCCUGGGCUCCCGACCCCGGACGCUUCCUCCCGAGACACCGGUGGACACGCGGCCUCCAGCGAGCGGGCGUAGUUGACCCCGCGGCCCCGCCCGCUGCCCCGCAGGCAAGGCGCGGGAGUCGCUAGACGGAGCCGCCCCACGGAGGCGUCACGCCCGAGACCGGGAAACCGCGAGCCGAGGCCCGGCGACGCCGGAAGCUAAGAGGAGACCAGCCACCGGAAGUCAGUGGAGGCUUCGGGCCGACGCUCUAUAACCCGGAGAACCGGGAUCUCCGUGGUUGGAUGUGACGGAUCACCUUCUACCUGGGACGACGCUUUCCCAGCGCCGGGCUCCCGGGGCCCAUCGGGAAAAUGGGGGGCGCAAUCCCCGGGGCGAUAGGGGCUGAUAAGGGAAGAGGGGGCUGAAGGAGGGGGACUGAGUGAUGCGGCCGCCAAGGUAACAUCUAGUCACCUCAACCCUCCAAGCUCCCAGGACCAGCAGCAACUGACCAGAGGCCACCUGGCGGAUCGGAGUGGAUGCGCGUGCCCGCGCACGCGGGGGCGAUGCUUUCCAGUCUCGCGGCGCCCGGGGCUGCCAGCGCGCAUGCGUCCGAGGAGGGCACCAGGCCGCAGAGCCGCUGCGAAAGCCGAGCGCGGGUUGGGCGGCUCCCGCCGGGGGACUGGACAGCGGCGCGGGCGCGGGUGGAGGCGCGGCUUCCUUGGCCAGUGGGCUCUGAUUGGACGCAGCAAGUGGAAGGGGUGGGCACCUCCGCGGAGACCGUCCACGGAUUGGCCAGAGCCUGCGGAGGCGUGGUCUUGGGGGGCGGGACGGGAGACCGCGCGCUGCUGAGGUGGUGGUGGUGGUGGCGGCGGCCCGACCCAGUGAGCGAGUGGGUCUUCGGGUCCCACCCAUCACCCCGACCCAGGGACUGAAAGCCGGCGACGCCGGGGAGCCGGGGAGCCGGGACCUCCGAGGGCCUGGGCGGCAUCGGGGUAAAGCGCCAUCCGCCGAGUGCCGACCGAGGAGAGCGGGCGCCCCGCCCCUCGCUUUCUUCCUGGACCGCGCCUCGCUGCGCCUCCCCCACCGCCGACCCCGCGUCCCGCGCGGGCCUGAGCUCCGGGCUCCCGCGGGUGCGGGACACAGGGUGCGUGCGCCGCUCGGCCUGCGGGCCUGGAGGCUCCGGGGGGCCCCCUGAGUCCGGGGCCGGGCCCCUGCUCGCCCGCGUCCCCACGCAGACGCCAUGGCUGAGCCCCUGAAGGAGGACGACGGCGAGGAUGGCUCCGGAGAGCCCCCCGGGCCGGGGAAGGCGGAACCCACCGGCCCCGCCGCCUCCGUGGCGGCCAAGAACCUGGCCCUGCUGAAGGCGCGCUCCUUCGACGUGACCUUCGACGUGGGGGACGAGUACGAGAUCAUCGAGACCAUCGGCAACGGGGCCUAUGGGGUGGUGUCCUCCGCGCGCCGCCGCCUCACCGGUCAGCAGGUGGCCAUUAAGAAGAUCCCUAACGCUUUUGACGUGGUGACCAAUGCCAAGCGGACCCUCAGGGAGCUGAAGAUCCUCAAACACUUCAAGCACGACAACAUCAUUGCCAUCAAGGACAUCCUGAGGCCCACUGUGCCCUAUGGCGAGUUCAAAUCUGUCUAUGUGGUUCUGGACCUGAUGGAGAGUGACCUGCACCAGAUCAUCCACUCCUCGCAGCCAUUGACGCUGGAGCAUGUGCGCUACUUCCUGUACCAGCUGCUGCGGGGCCUCAAGUACAUGCACUCGGCUCAGGUCAUCCAUCGCGACCUCAAGCCCUCCAACCUGCUGGUGAACGAGAACUGCGAGCUCAAGAUCGGGGACUUUGGCAUGGCCCGAGGCUUGUGCACCUCGCCCGCCGAGCACCAGUACUUCAUGACUGAGUAUGUGGCCACGCGCUGGUACCGUGCCCCCGAACUCAUGCUCUCGCUGCACGAGUACACGCAGGCUAUCGACCUGUGGUCCGUGGGCUGCAUCUUUGGGGAGAUGCUGGCCCGCCGCCAGCUCUUCCCAGGCAAAAACUAUGUGCACCAGCUGCAGCUGAUCAUGAUGGUGCUGGGUACCCCGUCGCCGGCCGUGAUUCAGGCCGUUGGGGCUGAGAGGGUGCGGGCCUACAUCCAGAGCCUGCCGCCACGCCAGCCUGUGCCCUGGGAGACGGUGUACCCGGGUGCCGACCGCCAGGCCCUCUCCCUGCUGGGGCGCAUGCUGCGUUUUGAGCCCAGUGCCCGCAUCUCAGCAGCUGCCGCCCUUCGCCACCCCUUCCUGGCCAAGUACCACGACCCCGAUGACGAGCCUGACUGCGCCCCGCCCUUUGACUUUGCCUUUGACCGCGAAGCCCUCACACGGGAACGCAUUAAGGAGGCUAUUGUGGCCGAGAUCGAAGACUUCCACGCACGGCGCGAGGGCAUCCGCCAGCAGAUCCGCUUCCAGCCUUCCCUACAGCCUGUGGCCAGUGAGCCCGGCUGCCCCGAUGUUGAGAUGCCCAGUCCCUGGGCUCCCAGUGGGGACUGUGCCAUGGAGUCCCCUCCGCCGGCCCCACUGCCAUGCCCUGGCCCUGCGCCCGACACCAUCGAUCUGACCCUGCAGCCGCCCCCGCCGGCCAGUGAACCAGCCCCUCCAAAGAGGGAGGGAGCCAUCUCAGACAACACCAAGGCUGCCCUCAAGGCCGCCCUGCUCAAGUCCUUGCGGAGCCGGCUCCGAGAUGGCCCCAGCGCCCCCCUGGAAGCUCCCGAGCCUCGGAAGCCGGUGACAGCCCAGGAGCGCCAGCGGGAGCGGGAGGAGAAGCGGCGGCGACGGCAGGAGCGGGCCAAGGAGCGGGAGAAGCGGCGGCAGGAGCGGGAGCGCAAGGAGCGGGGCGCUGGGGCCUCCGGGGGCCCCUCCGCCGACCCCCUGGCUGGCCUGGUGCUCAGCGACAACGACCGCAGCCUGCUGGAGCGCUGGACUCGCAUGGCCCGGCCCCCGGCCCCCGCUCCCACGCCGCCCCCCGCCCGGCCCCGCAGCCCGCCUGCGGCCCCCCCGCCACAGCCUGCCUGCCCGCCCGCUGGGCCUGCGGCCGCUCCACCCCAGACCACCGCCUCCUCCGGCCUCCUGGCCCCCCGGCCGCUGGGGGCCCCCCCUGGGCUGCCUGGCGCCAGCGCCCAGAGCGUUCUGCCUUACUUCCCCUCUGGCCCACCCCCUCCAGACCCCGGGGGGGCCCCUCAGCCCUCCACCUCCGAAUCACCCGACGUCACCCUGGUGACCCAGCAGCUGUCCAAGUCGCAGGUGGAGGACCCCUUGCCCCCCGUGUUCUCCGGCACCCCAAAGGGCAGUGGAGCGGGCUAUGGCGUUGGCUUUGACCUGGAGGAAUUCCUAAACCAGUCUUUCGACAUGGGCGUGGCUGACGGGCCACAGGACGGCCAGGCCGACUCAGCCUCGCUCUCAGCCUCCCUGCUCGCCGACUGGCUCGAGGGCCACGGCAUAAACCCUGCUGACAUCGAGUCCCUGCAGCGUGAGAUCCAGAUGGACUCCCCCAUGCUGCUGGCUGACCUGCCUGACCUCCAGGAGCCCUGAGGCCCGCAGUCUGUGCCUUGCUGCCAGGGGCAGACCCAGCUCCAAGAUCCGCAGGACCGUUCCCGAGGGCUGGAGCCCCGGGCCUGACAGGGGAAGCUCAGCUCGGAUUAUUCUGCAGGUUCAUCUCAGACCCACCCUGCGGCCUUAAGCGGCCACCUGAGCCAGCACGAGCCACGGCAGGAGGGGCAACCCCUACCCCCCCGAGCGAUACUUUUCAGUAUUGUAUUUUUUUUAUUAUUAUUACAUUAUUAUUAUUACACAAUUUUUUUUGCCAUCAAAACGAAGCCUGUGAAAUAUAAGGUUCCCUUUAG